GGACUGCCACUUUUCGACAUCUCACGAUUCUCCGGCGUUCCACUGCGCGAACGUGCCGCCGGAGUCCCACUGCGCGAUUUGCCGCUCCUCCGGAAGCCUGCGGUUGCGAACUUCCAGAGCGUUGUGACCCGGCCCCGCUCGCCGCCGACUGCCGGGAAGCAUUCGACCCCGAACGCGAGCGCUGUGAACCCGCCGGAGACUGCGAGCGAGACUUGCCCUGCUCGAUACGGAACUCACCGCGAUUGCCGGAUCAAUGGUGUGCGUUCAGAUGCAGCGGAAGCUCGAAGAAGUCAAAAAGGCAGGAAACGAUCAAGCCGAUGUGGUGGGAGCGCUUGCUCAACGGCUCUUCGCAGAUUUACAGCGACUUCCGUCUGUGGCUUAUGUUCGCUGUGCUCUAUCGCAAGAGCGGAUUGUUCUGAAAAGACCUUAGUGAUGCUUCUACGGUACGAUCUCUCCAAAUUCCCAGCUAGCGGAAGCGCGCGUGCUGAACUUCAUAGACGUGGACAUAAGCGCCGAGAAAAACUUCGAAAACCGCCGUCUCCUCGCCCGUUGCUCCGUGAAACUCGGCCAUUCACAGAACCAACUUUUGAACAACAAUGAGCAGCUCAUCCGGGGCAUCUUCGCGUGCUACUUCAAGGCCAUCAAGCACAACUCCAAACUGUGAGGCGUGACAUAUCUAGGCGUACAUGAACUUAAAGGUCGUCCGAACCCAAAAGCAGCGGGAAUCCAUUUAUCCAUAAAUUGGGUCAAAAUUAAAUUAAUCCAUAAAUUGAGUCAAAAUUAAAACUUUGAAUCUUUCAGUACGGAAGCGUACAGAAAGUCUGUUGAACCCACCCUGGGAACCAGUUUUGGAACGGACCUGUCCGCAUCCCCGGUACAUCGGCUGGCGAUGGUCGUUCGUGGACAAAGAUACUGUCCACUUCAUCCCAUUGGCCUUACCUCGGCCAGCUCCACACCGCUAGUCACGCCGCCGGCUCUCAAGCUGCUUCAUCUAACUGGCUCGAAAAUGUCCACUUCCCCGUCGGCGGAACGCCGUCUCAGAUUCGGCUCGAUCUCGGCUGUCGAAGCCGAAGAGGAGCUACUGGAAAGUGCACGCUCCCCCGAGUUCCGCAACGAUCUGAGUUUUGCCAUUGAGGCGGCGCCAGGGUCAGGAAGACCUUUAGAAGAACCCUGGCGGAGUCAAACAAAGUAUGCCUUCCCCGCCGUGGAAUGACCUCUCCAAAAGCAACUCCAGCCCAAACGCUGAGUGGACAAAACAAACCCUGCUCGGCGUCGUCAAAGACUCCAUCAAGCAAGGCUUCUAGUGGGCCACGCGCCCAGGAACCGCUCCAUCGUGGAGAUGGCCAAAUCAUCCGAACCACCCGCCGAAUCGCCUACUCAGCCUUGCCGCUGGCCGGUGGCAAGUGUCACUCGCUAGUCUCCUCCACCCGUAGUCGCUGGAACCGUUGCACCAAAUGCUGAAAAUGAUAGGAUAAUUAAAUCAUAAUUUAAUAAAAUAAAAUUUAAAUAAAAUCAUCAAAAAACUAGCCCAGAACGACAAUUUCCUUUUUACUAUCAUUCCGAACUCCUAUCCGUCCCCCGGAACCGUUUUUCUGCUUUCCUGGAGGAUUUUUCCGGUACCCAGCGCAUGUCAAAUUUGACAUCGGCUUCACCAUGUUAAAAUUAAGUUCGGGUACUCGAUGUCAAAUUUGUAUGACUACGGUUUGCGCCGUUUUGCUUGGAUCCACUCAAAUUUGAGUUCCCCUGGUAAG